AUGGCCCCACCACCAUCCCGCCGUCUUCUCAUCUUUCAAGAAGCCCGCAAUCCCCAAAACACCGCCGAGGUCGUUUACCUCCCUGUCAACAAGCUGGGUCUUCCCAUCUGUGGGCCUGGACCGGAACUCCCUUCGAUUCUAGAAUUACCGUUGCGUAUUCUAAAGGCUUUCACAGAUAUCUUUAACCAACCGAAGUAUAAAGGAUGGUCGAUUAUGGGCGCCGGGCCUUACCAUGAUACCUCCGAAGAGGGGAAAUACUACGCAUGUCGAUAUGCAGGGAAAUUCUUCCUCAUCGACUUCGCCAAGACCAGCGGUGGGUAUGAACCCAUAGGAUUUCCUCUUCAAUUAUCCGAGGCAUCCCAUAUCCUUAAGAUGGUUCUCACCGGAGAGGGUAGACCGUCCUCGUCCUCCCCUCUUUCUGAUGAAGUCAUUUUCUUCGAAGACUCCGUGCUCAUGCAAACAAUUGCUAGUAUAAUCUCGUUUGCCACUAAAAGCUACGCAUACGUCAAAAGCUACAACGACACAAAACACAAGGGCUACCACGCCAUAGUCGUAGCAACAGACGGCCCUCACAUCUGUGCCAAUCCCAUCCAACCUCUCUGCGUCCACAACCCCCAGGGCCCAGUUCUUACAUAUUCAGAGGAUCCAUCGAACGAGUACCUCAAAGACCUAACGGAAGCCUGCGAGCGAUAUAACGUGCAUAUCUUGCUCCUGAGCACGAAUAUAUUCGAUGGGCAAGCAUUCGACUCAAGUUUCUUCGAUCAACCGGUUUCCAUGCUGGCUCUCCCUUGCAAAGAAAACACCAAUAACCAAACCGCCAAGACACCAAUGCCCUCAAUUGGACCAUCUGCAUCCCCUUUUAUUACCCCGGCGUCAUUUUCUGCGCCUCAGAAUAAUCAAGCGACAGUCAAACCCGAGAAUAACGAAAUAACCGUGACCCUACGGGACAUCCUGCUCCACACCCCUGGGCAAUCACCUAAAGACGGUUCACCCCAUCCUACGGGAUGA